ACUUUUGGAUAUCAUUUGUAGUAUGGACGUUUACUUUCUCCCCAUGACCAAUUGAGCUGACUGUUGUGGGAAGUUAAUAAAAUAAGCUAUGGACGUUGCAGUUGGAAGAGGUUUCCAAGUUGUGGCAUUCUCAGGUUCAUCUUUCCAUGGAAAGAGUAUACGUAAAGCUUCUGCAGCUGUGAGCGGCAUUAAUUGGACUGCUAGAACGGGACAUUCUCCAAGGCCAUGCACAACUGUGGUUCAAGCUCAACAAAGGCCAACAUGGCUUCCUGGGCUUGACCCUCCACCUCAUCUUGAUGGAACUCUUGCUGGAGAUUUUGGUUUUGAUCCACUAGGACUUGGAGAGGAUCCCGAAAGUUUGAGAUGGUAUGUCCAAGCAGAACUUGUUCAUGCCCGCUUUGCCAUGGCUGGGGUUGCUGGAAUUCUUUUAACAGAUUUGCUUCGUGUGACUGGAAUAAGGGACUUGCCAGUGUGGUAUGAAGCAGGAGCUACAAAAUUUAAUUUUGCCAGCACAACAACACUGCUCAUUAUUCAACUAUUAUUGAUGGGGUUUGUUGAGACAAAAAGAUUUAUGGAUUUUCUUAAUCCUGGCUCUCAAGCAAAACCUGGAUCCUUUUUUGGACUAGAAGCCGCACUGGAAGGCCUUGAACCAGGGUACCCCGGUGGUCCUUUAUUGAAUCCUCUUGGAAUUGCGAAAGAUAUCAAGAAUGCUAAAGACUGGAAACAGAAAGAGAUUAAAAACGGCCGGCUAGCUAUGGUGGCUAUGCUUGGUAUCUUCGUCCAGGCUUCUGUUACUCAUGUUGGUCCUAUUGACAAUCUGAUCGAGCAUCUCUCCAAUCCAUGGCACAAAACCAUUCUUCAAGCCAUUGCUGCAUCGAGUUCUUAAUUGUUAGAGUUUGUUAGAAACAUGACAUAAUGAAAUGUAUUCAUACAAAGGCCAUUCAGUAAAGCAACUAGUGUAAGAAACGUGUAAUGAUCAUGUCCUUCCAGUUCUGACUAUAUAAUAGUACACAAGGACAUAUAGAGAA